AGAUGGCGGUAGGAGAAGGAGUUGGCGAGGCGGUGGAACAGCUAAUAAAUACAGCUUCUGCCUUGGGAAGCACGACUAUUGACCUUAGUAAGAAAAGAUUAACACAAGUUCCACCAGAAGUGCUUAGUCUACAACAAUUAGAGUUUUUGUAUCUGGAGGGGAAUGCUAUUUCUUCAUUGCCGGAAGAGCUGUUCGAUUGCUUACCAAACUUGAGAUGGCUCGAUUUACGGAACAACCGCAUAUCAGAGAUUCCUCCCAUCAUUGGAAAACACAGAAAUUUGAAAAAUCUAUUGCUUGAGGGCAACACGAUUGAAUCACUUCCUUUAGAAUUAGGUCAGUAUGUGUUAGAAUCUGUCACUUUAUUCCAAACCUAUAACAAUGGAUUAAACCUUGGUGUAAAUUAAGUGCUGGACCCAUGAUGGACUAGUAGAUCCCAUCAACGGGGAGUUUAUUUUUGUGUUGAGAGCAGACUUAGGGUACAUUAGCAGAAGGAAUUGUAAAGAAGAUCAGAUUUUUUCCAAGAAAGUAGGUGACAAAACCUAUUUAUAUACCAGGCAAAGUCAAUUGAUAAACCGAUGAUUGA